ACGGCAUAUUUUUACGUCAAAAAGUAGGUACCUGUGCAAUGCAGUAUACUGUGAAUAACAAUCUGUAAAAAUUUUAGGAAUUGGCACAAAAUAACUUCAAUAUGGUAUGGUAUAUAAGUGAGUGUUAGAAUAUACGAUACUUCCAAAGAGGGGCAUUUCGGAUAAAAAAUGGCCCGUCAUCGCAAUGUGAGGAAUCGAAAAUACUCUGACGAUUACGACUAUGACGAUGUUUACGGGCAUUCAGUGGAAGAAGAUUCAUGUUUAUCCCCGAGUGACACCGCACAAUGGAUUUACGAUCGUUCUCAGAACCAGCAGGCGAUAUCAAACUUUAUGGAAAGCCAUGACAACAUUCAAGAAGAAGUGGAGGACGAGGUUCCUGACGCUCAGCAUCCAAUCCUUGAUCGCCGCGAUUCGGUAGAUCUGCGCAGCCUCAAUCUCGAAGAAGAUGAAGAAGCAAAGCUAAUGUCUUGUUUAGAUGAGCUGCGAAAUGUUCUAGGUGAUACAUUUUCCGAAAACAUACUCAUACAAUCCGUGCUUAAACAUAAAUUCGACGUUACUAAAGCCUUAGAUGAUAUCUUAAAUAUCAAUAAUAAGACACCGAAAACAGUCGAAGCAGAGUCAAUCAAACCCCUGCCUAUUGUUACUAUAGAUACUAUAAAAGCUCCUGUCAUAUCAACAAAAGAUACAACUCCCAAAGUUAUUGCUUCAAAAUUAGAACCUAGUGGCAGUGGUGCAAUUAUCAAGGGAUUCAAGGUGGACAACAGUGUAAGCUCUAGUAGUCAACCCAACACUCCUCGUGACCAAUCUCCAGCGGAAAGAGUUUUGACACCAAAAUUUGAUCAAGAUGAAAUCAAGCCAGCUAAAUUGAAAGAGAACAAAAUAGAUCCCAAUGUACAGUAUUCUAAUGAAAGAGGCUCUGAUAAGGAUCAUUUAUACAUUGUAGUAAUAGGCCAUGUUGAUGCUGGUAAAUCUACUCUAAUGGGGCGGUUGUUGUGUGAUCUUGGUGAGGUAACUCAAAGAACUAUGCACAAAUAUGAACAGGAGAGUAAAAAACUUGGAAAACAAAGUUUCAUGUAUGCAUGGGUGUUAGAUGAAACUGGAGAGGAGCGAAUCAGGGGCAUAACUAUGGAUGUUGGUCGAGCCCAGUUUGAAACAAAGACUAAGAAAGUAAUAAUUCUUGAUGCUCCAGGACAUGCUGAUUUUAUUCCUAAUAUGAUAACAGGGGCAGGACAAGCUGAUGUUGCCCUUCUAGUGGUUGAUGCCACCAGAGGAGAGUUUGAAUCUGGCUUUGAAUUUGGUGGGCAGACACGAGAACAUGCUCUCCUUGUGAGAUCCUUAGGUGUCAAUCAGUUGGCUGUUGCGGUCAAUAAGCUGGACACAACAAACUGGUCACAGGAUAGAUUUAAUGAGAUAAUCAAGAAACUGAAACUGUUCUUAAAACAGGCAGGGUUCAAAGAUUCUGAUGUGACAUAUGUACCUUGUUCAGGCUUGACUGGUGAAAAUUUGGUGAAAGCUCCUGCAGAGCCAGAGCUAUUAAAGUGGUACAAUGGACCUUGCCUUUUAGAAGUAAUUGAUAAUUUUAAUGUCCCAGACAGACCAGUCUCUAAACCCCUGAGACUAUCAGUCAAUGAUGUGUUUAAAGGUACUGGUUCAGGUUUCUGCGUUUCUGGUCGUAUUGAAAAUGGAAUACUCAGUAAGGGGGACAAGAUUUUAGUGUGUCCCACAAAGGAGGUGGCAGAAGCUCGAAGCAUAGCUAUCAAUGACAUGCCCAAUAAUAUUGCUUUUGCAGGUGACCAAGUCACUGUCACACUGUCUGGAGUGGACAUGCAGAAUGUUUCUGUUGGAUAUGUAUUAAGUGAUCCAGUACAACAGGUGCCUGUUACUACUCGCUUUGAAGCUAGGAUAGUUGUAUUUAAUGUCAAAGUACCUAUAACUAAAGGCUACCCAGUUUUGAUUCACCACCAGUCAUUAGUGGAGUCAGCUAAUAUUGUUAAAUUGAAGGCUUUGUUGAAUAAAAGUACAGGAGAGCUGAUCAAGAAGAAGCCACGUUGUUUAGGAAAUAACUCGGUAGCUGUUGUUGACAUAGAAGUGUGUCGUCCAAUCUGUGUAGAGCGCUAUAAGGAUGUCAAAGAGCUGGGGCGCGUCAUGUUGCGUGUUUCAGGCGUCACGAUUGCUGCUGGAUUAGUUACUGAUAUUCUAAGUAUUUGAUUGAUCUGAUGGAUAUUUUUGUUAUUAAAAUGGCCUGGUACCUGACAUCAGUUAAUACAAAUUAAAAUAUCACUGAAAUCUUAUAAAUUUACUUCGCUGAUGUGACGUCAACAACAUCAUUGAAAAUUAUUUGUAAUGUGAUGGUAUUGAUUGCAGUGACAAUAAUAUAGGACAAUAUUAUCUCAUAAUAUACACAUUUGUUAUACAAAUUGGAGCUGAUUAUUAUUUCAGAGGCCAGGUCAUUUUAACGUGAAGCACUUGUGGUUUUUAUGUACAAUAUGUAUCGUGCUAUAUAACAAAUUGGUUUAUUAAUGAUUUAUUUAUAAUGCUAAUUAAAGUUGUUGUCAUAGUUAUUUUAA